GCAAAAUGUUGUAGUUUUGUAUGUUGUUCCAUCACUAGUUUGUUGCACUACUCAUAUGGAAAGAAUCCCUGGAGUGUGUUUUAUUGCUGAUUUGAUUUGAUCUGUAGUUUCAGAAGAGUCUCCAGCAAAAAGUCCAGAUGAGAUUCAACAGAUCACUGAGAUGGAGAGGAAAGACCAGAUCAGGCUGGUUCUUCUGGGAAAAACUGGAUGUGGGAAAAGUGCCACUGGAAACACUAUCAUCGGCAGAAAAGUGUUUGAUUCUUCAGCCGCUUCAAACUCUCAGACCAAACGGUGUCAGUCAGAAACUACAGUGAGGAUGGGUAAAGAAAUAUCAGUGAUUGACACUCCUGGACUUUAUGAUACUGAACUCAGUAAACAGCAGGUUCAAAGAGAAAUAGUGAAAUGUGUAACAUUCACCUCUCCUGGACCACAUGCUUUUAUUAUCAUCAUUAGAGUGGGUCGAUUCACUGAGGAGGAGAAAAAUACAGUGCAACAUCUCAAAGAAGUGUUUGGAGAACAGAUACUAAAAUAUACCAUGAUCCUCUUCACUUACAAAGAUCAGUUAGAGAAGCAAAAUGAAACCAUUGAGCAGUAUCUGCAGAGAGGUGAUCCAGAUCUUAAAGAACUU